AGUCAUCCAAUAUGAUACAAGAAAUCCACAUAGAACUUUUAAAUUAAUUUUCUGCAGCAUUUUACUAAAGCAACAUGAUUAAUUAAAAAUAUGCAUUAACACGAGGCAUUUCUUGUAUUAUUGAUGAAACAAGAGCACUUAAAUGCUAAAAUUUCUUAUUAUCUUUUCAAUUGGGAACUUCAUCAAUAUAAUCUUGUUCUUCAAAUUGAUCAUUCCUAGUAAUUAAGGAAUUUAAAUUUUUUGGACCCUAGAUGUUACAUUAUUUUCUUGUUUUUCUCAUUCAGUUUUUUGUAUUUUCUUGAAAUUGAUUUUAAAUCAAACUUCAUAAAAAUAAUAUCUAGAGUAUAUUGGUUGACUACAGGGGGGGGGUACAAGUCGACAGUAACUUGUCCAGAGUGUGCGACUUGCUCAGUCACAUUCGACUUGUUUACAUACUUAUCUCUGUCGGUACCAUCUAUUGCUUUAAGAACAAUGAGUAUUACAGUCUUCAGUGGUGAUACUUCUGGUCCUGUGUUGUAUACUGUAAACCUACCCGAAGAUGGAAACUGCAAGGAUCUUAUACAGGCUUUGGGCUACACUUGUUUUUUGAAGGACAACGAGACCUUGUAUGUUGUUAAGGUAUAUGCAGAUCAAGUUCUUCACCUGGAUGAUACUUUGGCAAUAUCCUUAAUCAGAGAUUGUGACAGGGUUAUAGCAUAUAGGCUACUAACAGAUGAGGCAGAUCUCCCAUUGCUUACGUUUGUCCACCGACGUUUGGAGUAAGUCCUUUGAUUCUGUUCUACUUCAAACUCUGUUUUUCU